UCUGCCUACUCCCGGCAAAUUUUACCUUGCACGAAUCCCAGGACAACGUAUAUAGCCAUGUUACUUCACAGAUGUGACAGUAAAACAGCGUGUAAACGCGUUGUGCCUGGCUUUGUAUUCAACCGAACGCUUACGUAGUUUUACUAGACAUCCUGAUGAUAGCUCACACUAGAAUACGCAAAACGGUAUAUUAGCGCAGUCAAUAGUCCGUUGAAUUGUUUUACCGACUCAUCCACCGCGGUGAAACGCUACGGUUACUGUGUUUCCUGUCAGGGAAACAUGAGAAAGAAACAGAAUGUGAAACAGAGGAAGACAGAGGAGACUACAGUCGUCCAGGAGUUUGUUGUGGAGAAAAUCAUCCACAGGAGAGUCACAGAUGGAAAAGUGGAGUAUUACCUGAAGUGGAAAGGCUUCACAGAUGCGGAUAACACCUGGGAACCUGAGGACAAUCUUGACUGUCCUGAGCUGAUUGAGGAGUUCCUCAAGACCUUCUCCAUCCCAGGGGAGAGUGAGGGAGAGGACCUUCAAACUCCAGGUCUGCAGGGACAUCCCGAGGACCCCACUGAAGUCAACACUGAAUACGAGCUGUCUCAGUGUGAGCGUCGGGGGAUCGAGGUGCGGGAUCCGGGCGAGCACGAGCCAAUGAACCCUGCCGGGUUCAUUAGCCAACUGGAACCCGAACGCAUCAUCGGGUCCACAGACAAACAGGGGGAGCUCAUGUUCCUGGUCAAAUGGAAAGGCACCGAGGAGGUGGCCUUGCUGUCAGCCCGAGAAGCCAGUGCCAGGUGUCCCCAGGUGGUCAUUGCCUUCUAUGAGCAGAAGCUGACCUGGCAUUGUGGGGACGAGGAGCAGCAGUGAGGAGAUGCAGCUGACAGAAGGAGAGGAGAAGAACAGGUGAACUUUGUGGACUGCACCAGUGUUAAUGGCAGCUUGUAGGAUUUCUUUCCCAGUAUGUUAAUAUUGCAUAUCCUUCCGCUGUGCAGAAGUCUGUGCUGUAUAUUGUUCUAUAGACAAUAGAACCCUCUAAUAUAACGGUGUAGCUGAAAAGUGGUAGCAGUAAUGGUGUGUAGCCAGACUGGACUUUUUUUUAACUAUAGAAGGAUACUACGGAAUAAAAAAUGACUACAGAACUUAUGUCGUUCUUUGUGGUCACAGAGCUGAAGGACGGCAUUAUACAAAUGUUUCAAUAUUAUCUGUGUGUCUUG